UGGCGGAUCCAAAAUGGCGGCAGUUGCAGGGGCACCAGCAGUAAAACCGAGCAGCGACUGAAUGAAGUCAGCUGACCUGCUGUCACGCACCGCAGCACCCGUCGUUUCUCUCCGGAGCCAAAGACAGUAAACCACCUCUUCACAACCAGACGUCAUCCUAAUCAAAAGGAGAAGAUGGAUAUGUCCAAGCUUCCCAAGAUCAGGGAUGAGGAUAGGGAGAGCGAGUUUGGAUUCGUUCAUGGAGUCUCCGGACCCGUGGUGACAGCUACGGCCAUGGCGGGAGCAGCCAUGUAUGAGCUUGUCCGUGUGGGCCACAGUGAGCUGGUGGGAGAGAUUAUCAGGCUGGAGGGCGACAUGGCCACCAUCCAGGUCUACGAGGAGACAUCCGGUGUGUCUGUCGGCGAUCCUGUGCUGCGGACCGGUAAACCCCUCUCUGUGGAGCUGGGUCCAGGAAUCAUGGGCUCCAUCUUUGAUGGUAUCCAGCGACCGCUGAAGGACAUCAAUGACAUCACACAAAGCAUCUACAUCCCCAGAGGCGUAAACAUCGGAGCCUUGAACCGAGACCUCAAGUGGGAGUUUGUUCCUGGCAAAAGCCUGCGGGUUGGCAGUCACAUCACAGGCGGCGACAUCUACGGCAUGGUGCACGAGAACUCCCUCAUCAAGCACAAGAUCAUGCUGCCUCCCAGAAACCGAGGCACCGUGACCUACGUGGCUCCGCCCGGAAACUACGACGUCUCCGACGUGGUGAUGGAGCUGGAGUUUGAGGGGGUGAAGGAGAAGUUCACCAUGGUGCAGGUGUGGCCUGUCAGACAAGUGCGACCCGUCACAGAGAAGCUGCCCGCCAAUCACCCGCUGCUGACCGGACAGAGAGUGCUGGACGCCCUUUUCCCAUGUGUGCAGGGGGGUACCACAGCGAUCCCAGGAGCCUUUGGCUGUGGAAAGACCGUCAUCUCACAGUCCCUGUCCAAGUACUCCAACAGUGAUGUCAUCGUCUACGUGGGCUGUGGCGAGCGCGGUAACGAGAUGUCAGAAGUACUGCGGGACUUCCCCGAGCUGACCAUGGAGGUGGACGGGAAGACGGAGAGCAUCAUGAAGAGAACGGCGCUGGUGGCCAACACCUCCAACAUGCCCGUAGCAGCCAGAGAGGCCUCCAUCUACACCGGAAUCACACUUUCUGAGUACUUCAGAGACAUGGGAUACCACGUGAGCAUGAUGGCCGACUCCACCUCCCGUUGGGCCGAGGCUCUCAGGGAGAUUUCUGGCCGUCUGGCUGAGAUGCCUGCAGACAGCGGUUAUCCUGCCUACCUGGGCGCCCGUCUCGCCUCCUUCUAUGAGCGUGCUGGGAGGGUGAAGUGCCUGGGCAACCCUGAGCGGGAGGGCAGCGUCAGUAUCGUGGGAGCUGUAUCGCCUCCUGGUGGUGACUUCUCUGACCCCGUCACUUCGGCCACCCUGGGUAUCGUGCAGGUGUUCUGGGGUCUGGAUAAGAAGCUGGCUCAGAGGAAGCACUUUCCCUCGGUCAACUGGCUGAUCAGCUACAGCAAAUACACCCGCGCUUUGGAUGAGUACUACGACAAGCACUUCCCUGAGUUUGUGCCCCUGCGUACCAAGGCCAAGGAGAUCCUGCAGGAGGAAGAGGACCUGGCUGAGAUUGUGCAGCUUGUCGGAAAGGCAUCACUGGCAGAAACGGAUAAAAUCACCUUGGAGGUGGCCAAACUGAUCAAAGACGACUUCCUGCAGCAGAACGGUUACACACCGUACGACAGGUUCUGUCCCUUCUAUAAGACAGUGGGCAUCCUCUCCAACAUGAUCUCCUUCUACGACAUGGCACGGCACGCAGUGGAGACCACAGCGCAGAGCGACAACAAGAUCACCUGGGCCAUGAUCAAGGAGCACAUGGGAGAAAUCCUCUACAGGAUCAGCUCAAUGAAAUUUAAGGACCCGGUGAAGGAGGGCGAGGUAAAGAUCAAGGCGGAGUACGCUCAGCUGGUGGAGGACAUGCAGAACGCCUUCCGCACGUUGGAAGAAUAGGCGGCCGCCUCUCGCGACCAUUCCAGAUUUCCUCUCCGGACCCUCCACUGCAAAAUCACCGCCCUGUAUCCCCGAAACCUGCUGACACCCUGUGCUCCUUUUGUGUGUGUGUGUGUGUGUGUGAUUGUGUAAGCGGGUGUGUCAGUGUGUGUGUGAGCGCGUGUAAAUCCACGUGGAGGGAAAAGAGUCAGAUGUACUGUAUUCAUUAUUUUUCGUUGCCUCAUACAGGCGCACUCCGGAUCCUUUGCAUGAUCGUUGAUCGUGUGUGCAUGUGAUGAUUUAAUGUGUGUACGAAUGAACCCCCUUUCUUCCUUUCUCUGUUUACAUAAUUAUUUUGUCUAUUUCUGUGUUGCUCUUCUUGACGAUUGUUCGGUUGAUGUAUUGUGAUUCACAGGCCACCUGUACAGAAGAGUAUUGAAUAUAAAUCCAAUGAGACGAGCCUAUUUAUUGCCGGCGUUUUGACGUGAAGGCUUUGCGGUUUUCUUUUGUUUUUUUGAGGUUGUGUUUCACGCUGUGCAGUGUUGUGUACUUUGAGAGUGUAAACUCGAUGCGUUCAUGUGUACUCCGGAAGAAUUAAAACAUGAGUCAAAAUACCAA